UUUCGCGCGUUCUGUGUGUUUGUGUAUGACUUACAGCUGCGUUGUAGGGUUGGUAAAUAUAUUUUUGUGUGUCCGUUUAAUUAUUUUUUAGCAUAUUAUCCUUCAUAACGAGAAUCCGUGCUUACUUAUAUACACACACACGCGCGCGCGGCUUUGGCUGGCAAGCCGAAUUGAACAGCGUUCCAACAAUUUUUUUUCUCUCUUUCCGUGAAUAUAAAUUAUAAUUUUUUUGGUGCUUCUAAAUAUCCCAACUGGCAGAGUGGAAUCGUGAGACAUUAUUUAGUAGCAAGUCAGCGCAGCCCCCGCUGUGCCUCCCUCUACUCUCCUCUCUCUCUCUCUCUCGCCGCCUUUGUCUCUCUCGUUUUUAUUUUGCGAGUCUUUAAACUCCAACAACAACAACAACGACGACGCGUUGUAUAAUGAGCUAAGCAAUCUGAAAAGACGAUGUCAUAUACACAGUUCGGAUACCCCUACACCACUACUACACAGCUCCUCGUUUCCUCGCCUCCCUCCUCCUCCUCCGUCAUCCCGGGCAUCAUCAGCGGCAUCAGCAACAACAACAGCAGCAUUCUCAGCAGCAGCAACAACAGCAACAACAACAGCAACAACAACAGCAGCAGCAACAGCAGCAGCAGCGGCGGCGGUGGCAUCAUUAGCCCUCCCUGCUACGACAGCAACAACAGCAGCAACAUCAACAACAGAGGUUCAAAUUCCGCCCCGGCGGACGGCACCACAGGUUCGACUCCGGGUUCGCGAGUGGCCACGGGACCGGCCACCCCUCCUCCGCUUCACCCGUCGGCCGUGGCUGCCCCCACGGUCUGCUGCUCCCCGUACAACAGCCGACUGUUGGCCUCGGCGGCUGCCCGAGGGGACCUCACGGCCCUCGGGGUCUAUGGGGGUUCGUACGCAGCGGCAGCCGCGGCACAGGGAUACGGGAAUUACGUCCCCUACGGAGCGGAGCCGUCUGCCUUCUAUUCGCCGCUGACCUCUCCGUAUGAGAUCAAAGACUCGAACGGAUCUCUGCACACAGGACUUCCCCAGGCCACGAGCUACUAUCACUACGACGGGGCGCUAAACCAGUACCAGUAUAGCAGGUACGGUGGCGUGGAUCUGAGCGCGGGCACGCGUCGCAAGAACGCGACGCGCGAGACGACGGCGACGCUCAAGGCGUGGCUCUACGAACAUCGCAAGAACCCGUACCCCACCAAGGGCGAGAAGAUCAUGCUGGCCAUCAUCACCAAGAUGACCCUGACGCAGGUCUCCACGUGGUUCGCCAACGCUCGCCGGCGUCUCAAGAAGGAGAACAAGAUGACGUGGUCGCCGCGGAGCCGGCCCGGCGAUGAGAGUGGAGGGAAAGAUGAAUGCCGGAGGGAUGUGGACCGCGAACAGCAGCAGCAGGAGGAGGAGGAGGAUGAGGAACAGGAGGCUGCUGCUGCUGCUGCGGCGGUGGUGGUGGACAAGAGAGGAGUCGUGAAGUGUUUUGUGUCAGACCACAACGGUGAGAAAGACCACGGCAAGGGGCACGUUCUGAGCGACCUGGAAGACCUCGACGACGUCGAUUCGGACCACCUGGGUGACGACGAGCUGGAGGAAGGUGGACACCUCCAAGCGAAGCGCUUCCACAAGUCCCAGUGCAAGAACUACCCACCGCUAGCGGUGGUGGACGCAUCAUCCAUCAACACCUCCUCCAUCGCUGCCUCCAACACAUCCACCACGAACAACAACAACAACAUCAUCAUCAGCGGCAGCGGAGGAGGAGGAGGCAGCGGCGUUCAACAGACUUCCGAAAGCAUCAAAAGCGUGUUCGCUCUGAGUUGUGGCGAGCCACAAGACAAUCUGCAACUUUACGACUCUACCGAUCAGCAGCAGCAUCAGCAACAACAUCACCACCACCACCAUCAGCACCAUCACCAGCAUCAUCAGGCGGUCAGCGGUGGUGCCAAGUCGCUGUUGCCGAUUGCGUCGGAGAAGCCACGGAUUUGGUCUCUGGCCCACACGGUCUCCAGCUGCGACUCCAAAUACCCAUCGUGUGCAGCGCUUCAACAGUUGCAGCAACAGCAGCAACAGCAGCAGCAGUCGCCUCUGAGCGGCUCGCAGGCAACAGCAGGCACGCUGCUGCAGAGACACCAAAAGUUCCACGCAACCUUGUCGCAGUUGUCACCGCCGUGUUCCGAGCCCGUCGGCUCGUGGCGGCAAGUUGCCGCGGCCGCGUCACCCGAGCAACUUUUGUUGAAAGCAGCCGAACAGAACGGACUGGGCUCCUACCUUCUCGCAAUUGGUGUGAUGUGUGUCAAGUAA